ACAACGGCUGGAGCAAUAAUGUCGUUGACGUUGGCAACGGCCUUCAAGACACCCUUACCGAGCCACUUGGACUUGUCACCGUCUCUCAGCUCAAGAGCCUCGUGCACACCGGUGGAGGCACCGGAUGGAACGAUGGAUCUGAAAGUACCCUUCUCAGUGGUGAGCUCAACCUCGACGGUUGGGUUACCACGGGAGUCG